AGUCUCUAAAAUCGAACAACGAAUACAAGCUGGAGAAGCGGAGAUAUAUAAAUCGGCAAUAGACGGAUGCCAAGCCGGCUUUUAUAUACAACUCCGCGUCAUACUUAGCUCCAUAAUUCUACCAAAAGUUCCCCGCAACUCGCCGGCGCGAAGCGAAUCUUCCUUCCAUAAGAUCAUUCUUGUCUUAUCUGAUCUUAAUUACAUAAAUCUACACUAAUCACAACUACAGGGUAAUAAAUCAGCCGCAAAGAACUACGCAAUCAUGCGAACAUCCCUUCACGAUGUUAUUAAGUAGCAGAGUGGGUGGUAGGGUACGGACCGGCUCUCGCGCAUUCAAUCUCAUCCGAAGGCCCCGCCAAAAUGUCAGAUCGCUUCACCUCGCGCCUCCGUUCCUGCUCGAUGACUACAUCCCGCGUUAUCAGCUAUUGUCCGAAGUCGAGGCUUCUAAAAAGCGAUCCCUCGCUUAUGCCCACCUUCGGAACUGCAACUUAUGCCCUCGACUUUGCGGUGUGAAUCGCUAUGAGAUGACGGGCAUGUGCCUGAUAGGACAAGAUGUAAAAGUCAAUGUAAUUGCGCCGCACUUCGGAGAGGAACCCUGCAUACAGGGCCAUAAUGGAAGUGGCUCUGUAUUCUUUUCCGGAUGUAAUCUACGGUGUACCUUCUGCCAGAACCAUGAUAUCGCUCAUCAAAGGAAUGGAUUCGAUCUAACACCUGAGGAACUGGCCCAAUGGUAUAUUAAGUUACAGGAUGUUGGCCAUGUUCACAAUAUUAAUCUGAUCACGCCCGAGCAUGUGGUGCCACAGGUCGCUCUCUCGAUCCUGCACGCUCGGGAUUUGGGUCUGAAGCUGCCGAUCGUGUAUAAUACGUCGGCGUUUGACUCACUCUCUUCGCUGGAGCUUAUGGACGGCCUUGUCGAUAUAUACCUCCCGGAUUUUAAGGUGUGGAGUAAGGCCGCCUCUCAGCGCCUGCUUAAAGCCGAUGAUUAUGCCUCCGUUGCCGCCAAGAGUAUCAAAGCCAUGCACGACCAGGUUGGUGAUUUAUGCUUUACUGGGGAUGGGGUAGCAAAGAAGGGUGUCCUGGUUAGACACCUCGUCAUGCCUGGAAAGGAAGCCGAGGCCGAACAGAUUAUGAAAUUCCUCGCGGAAAAGGUUUCAAGGGAUAUUUUUGUGAAUAUCAUGGAGCAGUAUCGACCUGAUGCCCAUGUUGGGAAGCCGAAGAGGAGGGCUAAGGAGACGGCUGAUAAGGCAGGUCAGGAAGGACAGGAGGAGGUUAGGUAUGCGGAGAUCAAUCGUCCUGUUACCAAGGAUGAAAUUUCGGUGGUGAGGAAGGCUGCUGAGGCUGUUGGCUUGUGGCGUUUUUGCGACCCUCCGAGGCAUGAUGGCUUUGCUAUAUAAAGACUUCGGACAAUGAUGUCGAAUUGCUAUUGUAACUAUAGUCUGGGUGUAUAUUAUCUGGGUAGAGUCUGGAGGCAUCUUUUAACAGUCCUAACUUCAUGCGCCAGAAUGAAAGCAUUCUUCCUUCAAUUACAACAGCCCUAGCGGCUU